UGUAUGGGGAGGAAGUUGCUAAAACAAGCAGAAUAAUGCGAAGGGAAGUUUGACUCAAGCAGCACACACCGUGUGUGUCCUUUCUUUUGCGACAGUGAAGCUGCAGAUCAGAGAGAUCUUGACUGUCAGCCCAAUUGGACUAACAAAAGUAGACAACAGAAUGAAAUCAGCUGGUGACGUAGAGGAAACAGUUAUUCUGGUAGCGUAGAAAACCUAAUUAUAACGUUUUGGGUAGUUACCUCGACCACAAAGCAACAAGUGUUGUACAAGAGCAGAAGCUUGACAAAGCUUACAAGCAUGGAUUUCAUCUUCAAGGAAGGGAUGGUGUACCUUCAGGGGGUCAAGUUUGGAAAAAGAACAUGGCGGAAAAUACGGAUGGUGCUUUUUAAACCCAGCUCCACAGGGGUUGGGCGGUUGGAGCUUUAUACUGUAGGCCUACUUGACAACAAUGCUAUGACUGACCAGAAGAAGGUCAGCAGACAGAAAACGCCAGAGAGAAAAGUGGUACGUCUAAGUGACUGCCUCAGUGUCACUCCUGCUCCGAAGGAGUCUUGCCCUCCUGGGCACACAGCCUUCUACCUAAAUACCACUCAGUGCAACUACACUAUGGCCUCCACGACAAGCCAGGACUGGCUAAGUGCCCUCUGUCUUCUAGCCUUCCAGAAGGAUCCUGGAGAGUCAGACAAAGGGGAUUUCGAGAGAGGAAAUGGCUUGGUCAUGGAGGAUAAUGAAAUUUACUCAUCUUGGAAAACUGAUCUGACCCUUCCAUCAAACCAGUACCAAGUGACUGUCCAGAGCACGGAGGCAUCCAGGAAGUGCCAGUUGGCUGGGGAGUAUCUGGUCUCCCCAGAAAAAGAGGCUGUGAUACUGCUGGACAUCAAAACUGGUCACACCAUCUAUCGCUGGCCGUACAGGCUCUUACGCAAAUUUGGACAGGUUGAGGGUGGCUUCAGCAUUGAAGCAGGCCGUCGCUGUGAGUCAGGAGAAGGAGUGUUCAUCUUCCUGUCCAGGCAUGGUCCCCAGAUCUUCCAGGCUAUAUUAAAUCAGUGCUCUGUGGAGAGGACGUCCUCUGUCCGGCCACUCAGUGUCCACAGAAGAUCAUCAUCUGAUGGGUCUUCUAAUAUCCUCCCAACCACAAGCAACCAACCCUCUGGUUCUCCUGCCUACAAUUCUGCAGAUGAGGACGAGUCUGCCAGCCACUACUCUACUAUUAAUGACACUUCUAUACUAAAUACAAAGCAGCUAUCUCUUCUCAACCCAUAUCUUUCUAACAGCAAGGAGGCUGUGGGAGAUGAAGGUAAGGACGAGGAUGAACAGUGUCAUUCCUUGGAGAAUGUUAACCUGAAUAAUGACAUGGAGGACAACAUUUAUUACAACAUAAGGAGAGCCACGUUUCCUGUGAUCAGAAAAGACCAGUUCAUAUCUGAGACAGACGAUUCAGAGUGCAUUUAUUCAGAUGUGAAAACAGCUGAUGCUCCCUUAAAUCUCCAGCUGCAGCCCUUCUUGUCACCCCUCCCUCAACCUGUUCUCCAGCCUCCUCCCUGCACCCUUCCCCAAUCUGUAUCCUAUGUCCCACCCAAGACCCGAUACCAGCGUCAGCCCCCUGUGAAUAACUACACCCAGCCAGGGUGCAGUGCACAGGCACAGGCAGUGGAUGAUAUGAAGGAGAUGGAGGAGGCCAUCAGCUCCACCCACGUUAGCCCCACAGAGGCCCCUGGCAGUUUUAAACACAGACUGGCAGAAAUCAUUUCCAAGGACCUGGCAAAGUUCCAGGUGCCCUCCGGAGCGGGCAGCCCCACAUUUCCUCUGUAGGCUAUUAGUUAACAGACAGACUAGAGGGAGCAGUUUACUAUGAUAGACUGUCAUAAAGGCUAAUUAGUUUAUUUAUUUCAUUGAAAUCCCCUCCACUGGGAACAUUAAGCAGCAGAACUUGGCUUGCAGAUGUUUGUAUGUUUAUCUGAAUUGGUGGAAUACAACUAGGUACAUUUACUAAAGUACAGCAUGUAAGUACAAUUUGUAGUAUAGUAUGUAUUUCGAUUUAAUGUUACUUUAUAGUUCUUCUCCACUACUAUACUUUUUACUCCAUUGCAUUUAUUUUGAGAACUUUAGUCUACUAGUUACUUUGCAGAGUCAAAUUAUUAAUAGAAAAUGUAAUCAACUAAUAAAUUAUGUAUUUUUACAGAUUAAGCUACCCAGUAGUACUUAAAGUAGUUUAAAAAAGCCCCACAUUUACCAGCUGGAACAUUAGUGAAGCACACACAGUGAGGCAUCCAGCCAUUCUGUAUAAUGAGUAGGCUACUUUUACUUUUGGUACUUUAAGUUUAUUUUAAUUCUGUAUUUUCACUUAAGUCAAAUUUUGACUAUUUUUUAUAGUAUUUUCACACUGUUUCUACUUUUACUUAAGUAAAAUAUUUCUUCUACCACUAUUUAUCUGCCAGUUGUAGGAAAAACACAUCUGCAAUACAUUUUAUUCUGUGAAAUGUUUUUGGAUUCAGUUGUUCUUCACUGCUGAAAUGUUAGAGAAUCUAUUUAUGCUGCAGCAUUAAUAUGACAUUGCCAUUAGAUGAGCUGAAUGGAUACUGGACUGCUUUAGGAAAAAAUAUUUCCUUGUUGUUCUUGUACAUUUAGUGAGUAAAACAAAGA